CCAUCUGUCCUACAGACUCCUCACGGAAAGAGAAGUAAAGCUUAGAAAUUUUCACUUGUAAUUCAGAAAGACUUGAUCUUUUUCGAUAAAUUUCUCUAUGGCAUUGAGUGUUAGUUCUUCUUCUUCGAUUUCUGCUUCUGGGUUUUCACGUUCUAGUCAAGAACUUAAAGCACCCCAGUUUGGUUCUUUUAAGCUCUUAGAUCGGCCGACAAAAUUUGUUAAUGUUUCUUCACAAAGACGCUGUGCUGUAAAGCCUUUAAAUGCUGAGCCUAAAAGGAAUGGUUCUGUUGUUCCUCUCGCUGCAACUAUCGCUGCUCCAGAGAUUGCAGAGAAAGUAGAGGUGGAGGAAGAUUAUGAGAAGUUAGCUAAGGAGCUUGCAAAUGGUUCUCCUUUGGAAAUUAUGGAUAAGGCACUUGAGAAAUUUGGGGAUGACAUUGCUAUUGCUUUCAGUGGUGCCGAAGAUGUUGCUUUGAUUGAGUAUGCAAAGUUGACUGGGCGACCGUUCAGGGUGUUCAGCCUGGACACAGGGAGAUUGAACCCAGAAACAUACCAUUUCUUUGACCAAGUUGAGAAGCACUAUGGCAUUCGAAUUGAGUACAUGUUUCCAGAUGCUGUUGAAGUUCAAGCAUUAGUAAGGAACAAGGGUUUAUUCUCCUUCUACGAGGAUGGGCAUCAGGAGUGCUGCCGUGUCAGGAAGGUGAGACCCUUGAGGCGGGCUCUGAAGGGGCUUCGGGCCUGGAUCACUGGCCAAAGGAAGGAUCAAUCUCCAGGGACGAGGUCUGAAAUUCCAGUUGUUCAGGUGGACCCGGUUUUUGAGGGAUUGGAUGGUGGGGCUGGAAGCCUGAUCAAAUGGAAUCCAAUGGCGAAUGUUGAGGGACAAGAUGUAUGGAAGUUCCUUCGAACCAUGGAUGUGCCUGUGAACUCAUUGCAUUCAAAGGGAUACAUCUCUAUUGGCUGCGAGCCUUGCACAAGGCCAGUUCUUCCUGGCCAACAUGAGAGAGAAGGAAGGUGGUGGUGGGAGGAUGCCACAGCUAAGGAAUGUGGUCUUCAUAAAGGAAAUCUGAAACAGGGUGAUGAAGCCCAACUUAAUGGCAAUGGAAACGGGGCUGCCCAUGCAAAUGGGGCCGCCACUGUUGCUGAUAUUUUCAACUCCGAGAAUUUGGUCAAUUUGAGCAGGCCCGGAAUCGAGAACUUAUUAAAAUUAGAGAACCGAAAGGAACCAUGGCUUGUGGUGCUCUACGCCCCAUGGUGCCAAUUUUGCCAAGGUAUGGAAGCAUCCUAUGUUGAAUUGGCCGAUAAGUUAGCAGGGAGUGGAGUAAAGGUGGGAAAAUUCAGGGCAGAUGGCGAUCAGAAGGAAUUCUCAAAGCAAGAAUUACAGCUAGGAAGUUUUCCAACAAUCCUUUUCUUCCCUAAACACUCAUCUCGCCCAAUCAAGUACCCCUCUGAGAAAAGGGACGUGGAUUCAUUGAUGACUUUUGUGAAUGCUCUCCGGUAAAACCCUCGACUUCAGUUUCAGUGGUGAGUGGGAAUGGUGGAGGCACGGAGCCUCAAUUUUCAGCAUUUCUUAAUUGUUUGCUCCCAGCACUGGCGCACACAAAUGUAUCUUUGGUCUAUUUGUAUAGUGUUGGUAUAGUGUCUUCUCUUAAUCAUCUUCUCCUUAUAAUUUGUAUUUCUCAAGCCAGAAUUUUGAUGGUUGUUUUUUGUAGUAAAAAUUGUUUAGGUGGAAAGCCAAUAAAUUAGUGCAAUGAUAACGAGUACCAUUGUUGUUUGCAUUUAUCAAUGAAUGUCCUGUUCUCUCACCAUGAGUCAGGACUUGAAUCA